AUGCCCAAGGUCGACCGCAGGGCAAAGCUCGCCGAGCUCAAGGCCCUCCGCCAGGCGGGCAAGAAGGCCUUUGAGAGCUACCAGGUCGAGGAUGUCGCGAAUCUCUACGACGAGGUGGACGAGGCCGGAUACAAGGAGAUUGUGCGGGACCGCCUGAAUCAGGACGACUUUGUGGUGGACGACAAUGGCGAGGGUUAUGCCGACGACGGACGGGAGGAUUGGGAUCGAGUGAGGCCGUACGAGUCGGACAGCGAAGGCGAUGAGCUGCCGACGCGGGGGAGGCCGAGCAAAGCGGCAAAGAAGAGCCGUGACGAAGAGCAGGCCAAGCGAGACGCCAACGAUCGAAGCAUCAGCGAAUACUUCACCAAGGGCGCCGGUAAAGCCCAGCCCAAGCCCAAGGUUGUCAAGACAAAGGCCGACGACGACUUCCUGGCCGACCUCCUCGGAGAGGUCGAUGCCAACAUCCCCGCUCCAGCCCCGAGGGCACCCAAAGCCGAACGGUCAGGCGGCGAGCGAAGAAAAGCUAGAGACUUGUCUCCUGCGCCAGAGCCCAGCUUCAAGAAGCAGAAGCGGGUUGACAUACGACUGCCAUCACCGGAUCCCGCCCCUCCAAGUUUCGACGACAACGACGACGAUGGUCUUGCGCCGUUGAUCGAUGACGAGCCCAUGGGUACGGCCGACUUUCCCAUGAGCGACCCGGCACCCUCCUCCCCCGCUGCCAAGGUCGCCCAGCGCAAGGCCCAGAUAAAGCAGGAGCCGCAAAGUGACGACGAUGACGAUAUGAUGGAGGUUGCUCAUGCUGGCGCUGUCAAGGUUGCCAGUGUCAACCUGGCAGCUUCCCGGCCAGUGAGGAAAAUCAUCAAAGAAGAGCCGGCAGCGACUUCAUCUCCAGUCAAGGCCCCUGACACCUCAGUGGAUGCGUCAUCUUGGAACCAGCUCACAGAGAAGCUCAACGUCGUGAGCAGCUCCAUGUCGGAGCCCAAAGGAAUCGGCAAGAUAGACCACAGGGACGCCAUCGAGGCAGAUGGAUCUCUCAACUUCUUCUGGACCGACUACACGGAGGUCAACGGCAGCCUCUGUCUCUUUGGCAAAGUGCUCAACAAGAAGACGCAAUCAUACGUCAGUUGCUUUGUCAAGAUUGACAACAUUCUGCGGAAGCUCUACUUCUUGCCUCGCCAGCAGCGUCUCCGAGAUGGCGAAGAGACGGGAGAUGAAGUCGAUAUGUCUGAUGUCUACAACGAGGUGGAUGAGCUCAUGACCAAGAUGAACGUUGGCAUGUACAAAAUCAAAAAGUGCCAGCGGAAAUACGCCUUUGACUUGCCCGACAUCCCCAAGGAAGCAGACUACAUGAAGCUUCUAUAUCCUUACACAAAACCGGCCCUCAACAUGGAUACGAAAGGAGAGACAUUUUCUCACGUAUUUGGCACCAACACUGCCCUAUUCGAACAGUUUGUCUUGUGGAAGAACAUCAUGGGUCCUUGCUGGCUCAAGAUCCAGGAUGCCGACUUUGGUGCCAUCAAGAACGCCUCGCACUGCAAGCUCGAGGUUCUGGCUGAACACCCCAACAUGGUGUCGACCAUCAGCGACUCUGACAACAUGGACAUGCCCCCCUUGACCCUGAUGAGCAUCGCCCUUCGGACGGCCUUCAACGCAGCCGAGAACAAGCAGGAAAUCAUUGCCAUCAGCGCGCGAGUCUACGACAAGGUCUCUCUGAGCGAUACCACUCCUGCCGAGAAGCUUCCUUGCAGAACAUUUACCGUCAUUCGGCCGCACGGGCAGGCUUUCCCCAUGGGCUUCGACACGCUAGCAAGGAAGAGAAAUAGGGGUCCGAUUGUCUUGAAGAAACAGGAGUCUGAAGUGCUGAGCUACUUUCUGGCUCAGGUGGACGUGGCAGAUCCCGAUGUGAUUCUCGGCCACCAGCUGGAAGGCGUCGAUUACAGUGUGUUGCUGAACCGCCUGCUGGAGAAAAAGGUCCAUCAGUGGUCAAGGCUCGGAAGACUGCGGCGAACGCAGUGGCCGUCCUCCAUUGGCAAGGUUGGCGGCAACGUGUUUGCGGAGCGGCAGGUCAUUGCCGGUCGGUUGCUUUGCGAUCUCGCCAACGAUGCGGGAAAGUCUGCCAUGUUCAAGUGCCAGACCUGGAGCUUGACGGAAAUGUGCAGCCUGUACCUCACGGGGGACAACCGUCGCCGUGAUGUUGACAAUGAGGUCGCCCUCAACACUUGGGCCAAGGAGAGCCAGGGCCUGAUGGACUACGUGACGCACAUGGAAGCUGACACGCACUACAUUGCCGCUCUGGCAGUCAGUGUGCAGCUGCUGCCGCUCACCAAGGUCCUGACGAACCUGGCCGGCAACUCCUGGGCCCGUACCCUGACCGGUACCCGCGCCGAGCGAAACGAAUACAUUCUCCUCCACGAGUUUCACCGGAACAAGUACAUCUGCCCCGACAAGCAGACGUUCAAGGGACGGCAAAAGGCCGAGGAGGAGAAUGGCGAUGAAGAAGCGGGCGAUGGCAAGAAGAAGGACAAGUACAAGGGCGGUCUCGUCUUUGAGCCAGAAAAAGGUCUCUACGACAAGUUUGUUCUCGUCAUGGACUUUAACUCCCUUUACCCGUCCAUCAUCCAAGAGUUUAACAUUUGCUUCACCACGGUGGACAGAACAGCAUCGGCUGAUAAUGAAGACGCUGUGCCCGAAGUCCCCGUCAACCAAGAACAGGGCAUCCUGCCGAGACUUAUUGCUACGCUCGUCAGUCGCCGUCGCCAAGUCAAGAAUCUGAUGAAGGACAAAAAGGCCACACCCGAAGAGCUCGCCACCUGGGACAUUAAGCAGCUGGCCUUGAAGCUGACGGCCAACUCCAUGUACGGUUGUCUAGGAUACACCCGCUCCCGCUUCUACGCUCGCCCCCUGGCCAUCUUGACCACGCACAAGGGUCGAGAGAUUCUCCGCAGCACCAAGGAUCUGGCCGAGAGCAAAUCGCUGCAGGUCAUCUACGGUGACACCGACUCGGUCAUGAUCAAUGCCAACGUGGACAACGUGGCCGACGCUUUCAAGGUCGGCAACGAGUUCAAGAAGGCCGUCAACGAGCAGUACCGGCUGCUGGAGAUUGACAUUGACAACGUCUUCCGGCGCAUCCUGCUGCAGGCCAAGAAGAAGUAUGCAGCCAUCAACCUGGUGGAAAAGGACGGCAAGUUCAUCGAGAAGAUGGAGGUCAAGGGUCUGGACAUGCGGCGUCGUGAGUACUGCGCCCUGUCCAAGGAAGUGUCCAAGCAUCUGCUCGACGAGAUCCUGUCCGGAGACGACAUUGAGGUUGCCGUGGCCCGCAUCCACGAGUACCUGCGCGACAUUGCCACCAAGAUGCGCGAGUUUUCCAUUCCCGUGGCCAAGUACACCAUCUACACGCAGCUCGGAAAGGGUCCCAAGGAGUACCCCAACGCCGACUCGAUGCCCCAGGUGCAAGUUGCUCUCCGCGACAUGCUCAGGGGUAAAACCGUGCGCAAGGGAGACGUGAUUUCCUACGUCAUCACGGGCACCAGCAAGAGCUCGGAGCCGGCGCCGAAGCGUGCUUACUCUCCGGCAGACCUCAAGGCCGAUCCCAGCCUGCAGCCCGACGUGGACUGGUACAUUGCCAAGCAAAUCUUCCCUCCCGUGGAGCGUCUGUGUGCCAACAUUGCGGGCACAUCGACGUCGCAGCUUGCCGAGCAGCUGGGCUUGGACGUUCGCCGGUACACGUCGACUCAGACACAGUCGGGCAGCUCGAGCGAUCAGCUCGAGAUUCAUCCCCUGGAGUCUCAGAUCCCCGACGAGGUGCGGUUCGUCGACUGCAAGCGGCUCAAGCUGCGCUGCCGCAAGUGCAAAGCUUCGUCCGACUUUGAGGGUCUCACGGGAUCUCCCGAUCGCGUCACCGCGUCCGGCGUCAUCUGCCCCGGCUGCAGCGCCGUCCUCCCCACGCUGUCUGUCGUAGCGCAGGUCGAGCACGCGGUGCGGCUGCAGACGUCUCGCUACUACGAGGGCUGGCUCGUCUGCGACGACCCGCAGUGCGGCAACCGCACGCGGCAGAUGAGCGUCUACGGCACAUGCUGUCUGGGGCCCAAGGGCCUGGCACGCGACUGCGGCGGCAAGAUGCAGUACGAGUACACGGAGAAGGCCAUGUACAACCAGCUGGUGUACUUUGCCAGCCUAUGGGACGUGGAUAAAGCCAAGGCCAAGGCGGGCGAUGCCAGCAACACCGACCUUUCUGCGCAGGAGCGGGAGAAGAUUCGGGCGCUGGCGGAGCACAACCGGGUGCGUUUUACGACGGUCAAGACGGUGGUGGACAAGUAUCUUGAGAAGUGUGGCCGGCAGUGGGUUGCCAUGGAUUCGCUCUUUUCGAAGCUUGGGUUUAGCAAGAUGAUGGCUCCUGCUGCUGCUGCUGCAGUUGCUGCUUCAUGA